AUGGCGAAGACUACAACCCUUAAGGAAUUCGAAUCUGUCUUCCCAAAGCUGGUCGAAGACCUGCUGGACCAUGCCAAGCAAUACAAUCUCGCAGAUGAGUUCGUGCAAUGGUACAAAGCUUCUCUCAAUGCCAAUACGAUUGGUGGGAAAUGCAAUCGCGGCAUGUCUGUUCCCGACUCUGUCUCCCUUCUCCUCGAAGCCCCACUUUCCGAAGAGCAAUACUUCGAAGCUGCGACAUUGGGAUGGAUGACCGAGCUGUUACAGGCCUUCUUUCUCGUCUCCGACGACAUUAUGGACAGUAGCAUCACCCGCCGUGGGGCACCAUGCUGGUACCGUCAACCACAUGUCGGCAUGAUCGCAAUCAACGACGCGUUCAUGCUCGAAUCCUCUAUCUACACACUCCUCAAGAAGUACUUCCGGAAGCACCCCGCAUACGUCGAUCUUCUCGAGCUUUUCCACGAAGUCUCAUACCAGACUGAGCUGGGCCAACUAUGCGAUCUGAUCACAGCACCUGAGGACAAGAUCGAUCUUGACAACUUCUCCAUGUCCAAGUACCAAUUCAUAGUGAUCUACAAGACCGCAUACUAUUCUUUCUACCUCCCGGUUGCGCUCGCGCUCUACCACCAAAACAUCGCUACGCCGAAGAAUCUCAAGCAGGCGGAGAAGAUCCUGAUCCCGCUCGGCGAGUACUUCCAGAUCCAGGAUGAUUACCUCGACAACUUUGGUCUUCCGGAGCACAUUGGCAAGAUUGGUACGGACAUCAUGGACAACAAGUGCUCAUGGCUCGUCAACAAGGCUCUAGAGAUCGCGACGCCAGAACAGAGAAAGAUUCUGGAGGAUAACUACGGGCGCAAGGACAAGACCAAGGAGGCAGCCGUCAAGAAGCUAUACGACGAGUUGAAACUGGAACAGAUCUACAAGGAAUACGAAGAGACCCGAGUCGGCGAGAUCAAGAAGAUGAUCGCGGAGGUUGAUGAGUCGGAGGGCUUAAAGAAAUCUGUGUUCGAGAGCUUCCUGGCCAAGAUCUACAAACGCAGCAAAUAA